UCAAACCACACCAGAAAGGAACUGAGAGGAGUCUCAGUCCUAUGUAAAGCUCCCUCCCGUUCGAAGGAGCUUUCGAAAUUGGGAGGCCUUUGCGUAGGUGGAGGAGAACAGAAAUGAAGGGCGAAAGCAUGUCGUUGUUUGGAGAUGAAGAAGCCGAAGCAGAAGCGGGCUUCACUCGCGGCGGGCAAGAUUCGCGAGAAAUGGCGAGCGACGAAGACUACGCGAAGAAGCAGGCGAGCCAGAACCAGCAGUCCAGGAAGUUCAAGGUGUUCAUGGUGGCCCUCAUGAUCGUCGCCAACGUCCUCGCCGUCUACAUCUUCACCAGCUGGCCGUCCCGGCUGGACCUGAACCAGAUAUCCCGCUACACCCAGCACCUCUCCCUGCCUAUCCCCUGCGACACCGCCCCUCUUAUCGAAGACCUCAACUUCACUCGCGCCCAGCUCUACUCCACUCACUCCCACAUUGCCGAGCUCCACCAGCGCCUCACCUCCGCCAACGCCCUCAUCGAGUCGCUCCUCACCGAGCUCACCCGCUUCAAUGAGCAGCGACGCUCGUCCGACGACUCCAGCUACCGCACCGACCUCUUCAGCGCCACCAAUAUGCCGGAGGAGCUGAGGCUGGCCAUCGGCCCCCACAAGCUCCCGCUCGGCCACUCCCCUAGGGUCGGCUCUGAUGUGGUGCUCCCACCUGUAGGGGCCGCCUGCCUCAUGUUCAAGGAGGAGCUGGCCCAGUACAUGUCAUACGAGGUCGGAGCCGAGUGCCCCGUAGAUGACGCCCUGUCCCAGAGGCUCAUGGUCAAGGGAUGCGAGCCUCUCCCUAGGAGGAGAUGCCACCCAAAGAAUCCCGCCGGUUUCGCGGAGCCGAUCCCGUUCCCGAAGUCCCUGUGGACCACCCCGCCCGACAACAGCAUUGCAUGGGAUGCGUACCAGUGCAAGAGCUACCAGUGCCUCAUUGACCGGAGGGACAAGCCUGGGAUCUUUGACUGCAAGGACUGUUUCCACCUGGAGGGACGGGAGAAGCACCGUUGGAUGUUCGACAACAACAAUCUCGACUACGGGAUCGAUCAGGUCCUGGUGACCAGGCCACCAGGCACCAUUCGGAUCGGCCUAGACAUUGGGGGAGGGAGCGGGACGUUCGCGGCCAGGAUGAGGGAACGGAACGUGACCAUCGUCACAACCACGAUGAACUACGACGGCCCCUUCAACAACUUCAUUGCGUCCAGGGGCCUGCUCUCGAUGCACAUGACCGUCGCCCAGAGGCUGCCCUUCUUCGAGAACACGCUGGACAUAGUGCACUCGAUGCACGUCCUGAGCAACUGGAUCCCGGACAAGAUGCUGGAGUUCACUCUGUACGACAUAUACCGGGUGCUGAGGCCAGGCGGGCUGUUCUGGCUCGAUCACUUCUUCUGCCUGGGGCCACAGCUGAAUGGGACAUACGUGCCGAUGAUCGACCGGGUCGGGUUCAAGAAGGUGCGGUGGAACGCCGGGAGGAAGCUCGACCGCGGAGGGAAUGAGUGGUACUUCUCUGCCCUCCUGGAAAAGCCCAGGACUCAGAUCAGUUGAUCCGCACCACUCAAAACAAAAGCAAACAAAUCUUCUCUCUUUUUUCCUUUCCAUAAUUUCAAAUUGAUUUCUUGUUCAUGUUUACAAUAAUAUCAUGCCACAAAGCACUUUGCGUCUAUGUCCCCACGUUAAACCAGAUUAACAGGACCAAUUCCAUGUAAUGCAGAAACAAGAAUGUAGC